AUGGCUACUGGGUCGCGAGAAGAAAUUUUUGAGUCUCCGGAGGCAAUUUGGCCAUCCUCCGAUGGGACACAUUUCAUUUUCGCUUUAUUUAACGAUACAAAUGUUGGAAUGAUGACAUAUCCCUGGUUGUCUUCUGGAGCUUUAUUUUCAGGAAGCGGUAUAUUUCCCGGAAAUUUUUUUCCGGAGACGAAAACGGUUAGAUUUCCAACUCCUGGCACUGUCAAUCCUGAAGUACAGUUGUGGGUUGUUGACAUAACUAAUUUAAGUGCUAUACAAAAGUGUAGAAUAAAACCACCUGCUUCUCUUGAUGAACAGGAGUAUUACCUUACUUCAGCGAAUUGGAUAUCUGAUUCCAAUCUUCAAGUAUCGGUAGUUUAUAUGGGAAGAUCUCAAAAUUACAGUGUGAUUUCUGUGUGUUCUAAACUGCACAACUGGAAUUGCUUAGAAGUUCAUUCUGAAAGAGCUCCAGAAGACGAGUGGUUGGAUAUUCUUCCUCAUCCAAUAUUCUCGGCAGAUGGUGGCAGUUUCUUAUUAUUAGCAAACAUUCAGGAAACCGGUUACAACAAGUACACACAUAUAAAACAUGUAACCAUUUCACAUCAAAGAAUUUCCGUUAUUUCUCAUGGUCGAUAUGAAGUAAGUGAAAUGUUACAUUUUUCUGCUCUAUAUGUGUUUAUUUAA